AUGUCCGAUAGCAAAAAAAGAGUCGUGAAGAUUGGAGCUGAUGAUGCAAGUAGUGUGAAGUUGAAUGAUCUAUUUCCUAAAAAUAACACAGAGACUUCAAACAAUGAUGAGUGCCCGAUUCCGGACAACUCGGAUUCAAACGGUGAUGAACUACAAGUUCAAAUGAGGUCCACGAGGGAGAAAAGACGACCAAGGUACCUUGAAGAUUAUGAGUCACGGAUCAAUCAUUGCACUUAUUACUUCAUGCUUCUUCACUGGAGCGAGUAG